AUGACUGGCUUUACCGAAGAAAAGGCGUCAUUGACACCGCACGCGGGCCUCAUAUCUCGAAUGGUGGCUCGAUUACGAAACAGCACUCACGAUAGAGAUACUGUUAUCCGCAAACUGCUCCCGUCGCAUAGUGGUGAUGAGAAGGCGGCUCUUGCAGAUGCUCCGACAACAGAGGAUGGCGAAGGAACGCGUCCACAAAAUGUAGGGAAAACUGAAGACGCGAUGGCAGUGCAGAUGCAGGUGCAAACUUUCGUGGACGAGCAGACGCUAGACGACCUGCGGGACUACUUGGAUUGCAUCGUGCCUGCUACAGAGUCGAUUCCCGCGUCAGGCGCAGCAGACUGGGAACAUUGUUUUGAGAGUAGCUUCUUCUCUCCUUGCGACGUUUACCCACCAAGCGAUGACUCUUUGCUGCUCGUUGAAGUCGUUUGUCGGCACGUAGCGGAACGAGUAGAGCGAUCACAAGGAGGUGGAACUACAACAGCAGCGGAGCAUAUGUUCACAGUACUAGAGGUCGGAUGUGGCAGCGGCUUCGUGUCAGCGAGUGUGAUGCGUGCUGUAUUAGAAAGUGACCGAAGGAGAAUUUGCGAUAUGGGAAGAACAAGCGGUAGUGAUGACCCACCACAGCUGCGCAUGUUGUGCACCGAUUUGAAUACUGGUGCGGUGAAAUUCACGGAGCGUCUUCUGCGUGAACGUGUUUUGCCUGCGUGUAGCCAAGAGCCUGCUUGUGAAAGUCCGAGCACGUCGAGCACGUGUGCUAGUCAAGGACCAGAGGGUAUGCAAGGUGAUAGAGUAGAGCUGGUCAUUCGCGAAGACAACUUUUUCGACAGACUAUGUGCUGACAGUUUGUGCCAGCCCCACGGUGUGGAUCUACUCGUUUUCAACCCGCCUUAUGUCUGCGCUGAUGAAGGCGAGGAGGCUGAGGUCGGCGUCAUAGCGCACGCGUGGGCCGGUGGAGGUCAAGGCCGUAACGCCAUCGACGAAAUAUUACCAAGGGUGCGUCCUCUCCUGCGACUGAAGCAUGGCGACAACGAACAAAACUACGCAAGCGAAAAGGGAAGGUUUUUUUUGAUUGGGGUAGUGGAGAAUGAUCCGACUGAGAUUUUGGAAAAGGCCCGACGGUGCUAUGGUCUUCGAGGAAAAAAGGUCGCGCAAGAAACACGCGGAAUCGAAGAGCUCUACGUGCUAGAAUUUGAACCAGUAGAGCCUGAGGACGAGGACUAUCGAAAUGAAGAGGAGAAACACUGGAAGUUGUGCAAUCUCUGGUCAGAUAAAGAUCAAAACUAA